CUCUCCUCCGUGUUUCACUCACUCCAUCAAUUUCCUCCCACAUCCCAGUCCCUCCCUCAUCCGAUAGUCUCACAGACACAGCUCAAAACACCAACAAGAAAGCGCUUUUUCCAACCGCCAGUCCAACUGUCACACCGCCACAGACAUUCCACAUUGCCGCUUCCCCGAAAAGCCAAAAGCACCUCCCAAAAUGAACAGACUAUCCUCGUCGUCCGAGGACGACGAUGAUCGCCAAAACCUAAUUGACCAAAACGACAGAAAGCUCCCCACGCCUCGAUCCACCGCCGCCGCCGCUUUCCACAUCGCCGACGACUACGACGACAUCGACAGCAACAGCAACAAUCGCAGCUACAACCACCACCAAUUACGACGCCGCUUCUCGUCCCUCAAGCUCGGCGACCUCUUCAACAAGCGAUCCUUCGUCGUCCUCGCCAUCUUCGUCCCUACCUUCGUCAUCAUCCUCUUCUUCGUUACCGACAUAAAAGCCCUCCUCUUCACCGCCGGAAACUUCUCCUCCUCCCCCUAUGACUCCGCCUCCGGUAAGCUCCGGGAGUCCGAGCUCCGCGCCCUCUACUUGCUUAAGCAGCAGCAGGUAAGCCUCUUCAAUCUCUGGAAUCAAACACUCCCCAAUCCCACUAAUUCUACUAAUUCCACUUCCAAUCACUCCGAUUCCGCCCAAAUCCCGCUCCUUGACGAUCUCAAAUCCGCCGUCCUCCGUCAGAUUUCAAUCAACAGAGACAUCCAGCAAGUCCUCCUAUCUGCCCACCGCACCGGAAACUCCACGGAGCCGGAUUUCCGGGAUUUCGGAGAUUUUGAAAACCCGACUCUCGGCGAUCGCUGUCGAGCUGUGGACCAACAAUUCUCCCAGAGAAGAACAAUUGAAUGGAAACCCAAUUCCAACAAGUAUCUUUUCGCCAUUUGCGUUUCCGGUCAAAUGUCGAACCAUUUGAUCUGCUUGGAGAAGCACAUGUUCUUCGCCGCAUUGCUGAACCGGGUCCUGGUGAUUCCCAGCCACAAAGUGGAUUACCAGUUCAGCAGGGUGCUGGACAUUGAGCACAUUAACAAAUGCUUGGGCAGAACGGUUGUGGUUACAUUUGAAGAAUUCGCUGAGAAGAAGAAGAAUCACAUCCAUAUUGAUAAGUUUAUCUGCUAUUUUGCGCAUCCGAAGCCUUGCUAUGUUGACAAUGAGCAUGUGAAGAAGCUGAAGGGAGCUGGGGUCUCGAUGAAUAAGCUCGAGUCGGCUUGGGCUGAAGACGUGAAGAAGCCAACCAAGAGGACUGUGCAAGAUGUUCAGUCGAAAUUUUCGAGCAAUGAUGAUGUUAUUGCAAUUGGGGAUGUUUUCUUUGCUGAUUUGGAGCAGGAGUGGGUGAUGCAGCCCGGAGGUCCUCUUGCUCACAAAUGCAAGACUCUGAUCGAACCGAGUAGGCUAAUAAUGCUUACUGCCCAGCGUUUUAUUCAGACAUUCCUUGGGAAGAACUUUGUAGCGCUUCAUUUUCGGCGACAUGGGUUUUUGAAGUUCUGCAAUAAUAAACAGCCAAGUUGCUUUUACCCCAUUCCCCAAGCUGCGGAUUGCAUCACUCGGGUGGCACAAAGGGCAAAUCCAGCAGUCAUAUAUCUUUCGACAGACGCGGCUGAAAGUGAAACUGGUUUGUUGCAGUCACUAGUUGUGGUGAAUGGAAAGACUGUACCACUUGUUAAACGGCCUGCACGAAAUUCAGCUGAAAAAUGGGAUGCUUUAUUAUACAGACACGGUAUCGAGGGGGAUGCUCAGGUAGAAGCUAUGCUGGAUAAGACGAUAUGUGCAAUGUCAAGUGUUUUCAUUGGAGCAUCUGGAUCCACCUUCACGGAGGAUAUCUUGAGGCUCCGGAAGGAUUGGGGAUCAGCAUCAUUGUGUGAUGAAUACCUCUGCCAAGGUGAAGAUCCGAACUUUAUAGCAGAGAACGAAUGAAGAAAUAGUAUAUUCAUUGUUUGAUGAUUGUUGUUAUUCUUUGUGGUUAAACCUGCGUACGUCGUAUGCUUUCUGAUUAGUUGUAGGUUUACCCUGAAAUUAAUUGACAUGUAUAUUAGUGUAUGAUAUCGGCAUCUGCAUUUAGAAAAUGAGAUUUGUUUUGCCUACCUCA